AUGGGGUUGAUGCAAGUAUUGAAAAGUCUUGAUGCGUUUCCCCGUGCUGAAGAACACUUGCUGCAGAAGACAAAAUCAGGCGCCUUCGUUUCCAUUGUUGGGCUGGUAAUCAUGGCAACAUUGUUCUUUCACGAGUUGACAUAUUACAUUUCAACUUAUACGAUACAUCAGAUGGAAGUAGACUUGAAACGUGGAGAAACUCUUCCUAUCCACAUAAACAUGACAUUCCCAUCUUUGCCUUGUGAUGUUUUAAGCGUAGAUGCCAUUGAUAUGUCGGGGAAGCAUGAAGUUGAUCUAGACACAAACAUAUGGAAGCUUCGCUUGAAUAGUGAUGGCCUAAUCAUUGGCACAGAGUAUUUGUCAGACCUAGUGGAGAAGGAACAUGCAGCUCAUGGGCAUGAUGACCACAAAGAUCAUCAUGAGGAGUCUGACCAUAAAGUUGAACUCCACAGUUUUGAUAAAGAAGCGGAAGAUAUGAUUAAAAAGGUGAAACAGGCACUGGCAAAUAGAGAAGGUUGCAGGGUGUAUGGGGUUUUGGACGUGCAAAGGGUUGCUGGGAACUUCCAUAUUUCAGUUCAUGGGCUGAAUAUUUUCGUUGCUCAAAUGAUUUUUGAAGGGUCUUCUCAUGUCAACGUGAGUCAUAUAAUUCAUGAUUUAUCUUUCGGGCCGAAAUAUCCUGGAAUUCACAACCCACUUGAUGGGACAAUGCGGAUAUUGCGUGGAGCAAGUGGAACAUUCAAGUAUUACAUAAAGAUUGUUCCAACUGAAUACAAAUAUAUCUCGAAGGAAGUUUUACCUACUAAUCAAUUUUCUGUCACCGAGUACUUUUCACCUAUCAAUGAGUUCGAUAGAAAGUGGCCUGCUGUAUACUUUUUGUAUGAUUUGUCACCAAUUACUGUGACCAUCAGAGAAGAACGUCGCAGUUUUCUCCACUUCAUCACCCGGCUAUGUGCCAUACUGGGUGGUACAUUUGCCUUAACAGUUUCAGCCUCUAUUGACGCUGAGGACAUGCUCAAGAAGCACGAUGUGAUUCGUGACAACUAA